AUGCUUUGCCCAAUUCUUAAGGCUUGUGAAUCAAAUAAAUCACAACCUGAUGCGGCAAAAAGCAUAAUAUCUCAAUUUAUAGCAAACUUAGAAAUUGAUUCGGAUUCUUUAUCAAAUAUACAGCGAGAUCCAAAAUUUCCAGAUUUCUUAGGGCUUUUAUACGAUAUAUUACUCGAAAAACCAUUUCCAUCACCACAUGAAGAAGAAAUGCCUCAUGCUCAGGUUACAAUUCUCACAUUUUUAACAACUCUUUGUUUAGAUCAUCCUGAUUUACUUUCGUUAAUUGCAACCUAUACUCCACUUGAUAGAUUAAUACCUAUAUUUUUCCAGAGAAAUGUGUCUAAUGAUACCAUCUUAGAUCCGCAGCCUUCUCAUUUGUUAUAUCCAAUAGAAUUUAUUGCUGCCUUAUCGCAAUCUAGCCAAGUUUUAAUAACAUUAACAUCAGCAAUUCAAAUGCUCUUUUCCGUUCUUAUUUCAUUAGUCGAGCAUCCUCAACUUUCUGCUUACAGUAUUGCAGCUGUGGCAGGAUUUGCUAAUAAUUCAGCAACAGCUUUAAGCUAUUUAGAAACUAUGCCUAACAUUACUGCAUUCAAGAGAAAAAUCGCUUCAUUAUUAACAUCUCCAGAUCAUAAUGUCAUGCUUGCAUCGCUUGCAUCACUCUGUGCCAUAUUCUCACGUAGUAUUGAUGCUGAAACAUCAAUGAAAGUAGCAUUCUCCGCUUUAAUAACUCCGCCAUCUAUUCCGUUAUCAACACAACUCUCUUCGUCAAUCAUACUACAUUUAUCGCAAACCUUACAGCUUAGUUUAGACGAUCAAGAGCAACUUAUAAAUUCUGCUUUAAAGUCAACAGGAAUGAGAGCAUUCAUAUUAUUUAGAUUAAUUAACGAAAUUGCAAGUAAACCACAAUCGAAAAUCUUUUCUUUACUUCAACAGCCUGAUUUCUUCGCUAAAUAUUUUAACUUUAUCAUUAGCACCGAAGAUAAUUUUGUUGCAAUUGCGGCAACUCACCUUUUGCAAGCAAUUUUCGAAGAAUCAAAGCCUCCAAUAUUAAAUGAAUCAAUUGAAGCACCAUUCCUUACAUCUCUCAAGUUAAUUAUUAAUAAUACAAGAGAUAAUACAAUCGAUAAAGUUUCAUCUGCAUUAUUAAUACUCCAAAUCAUCAUUCAAAGCCAAGAUGCCCCAACAUAUGUUCUUAAAAUGCUUCAGACAAAUGAAGAUCAAGUCUUCUUCGCCUUUCAGCGCUGUAUUGAAAACACUUAUUCAUUUGCAGCAGUUCACUUUUUCUUAUUCCUUUAUAAUGCAGCCAAAUUCUUUACAAACUGGUUACUAAGACUCAGAGAAAUUAUUGUUGAUUCAACAUUUCCAGCAUUACUUGUUCAAUGCUUAUCAGUAUCCCAAAAUAGAAGAGUUAUAUCUGAUUCAAUCUAUGCUCUUUCUAUCAUCAUUAAUGGUGUCAAACAGAAACCACCGAAUCUUAAUGACUCUCUUACUGAUGCUGUUAUUAGUGGUUUCCUAUUGAUCAAUAAAGAGAGUAAGAAAGAGAAAUCACAAGCAAUUAUGAAAUCAAGAGAGUUACAUCAAGAAUAUAUGCAAAAAAUUAGAGAAAUUGAAGUAGAAAGGGAUCUAAGUGAAAAGGAAUUAUCAGAGCUAAAAGAAAUUAGCGAGAUCUCAAAGACCCAAAACGACUUCGCUCAGCAAAAGCUUGGGGAUUUAAUGAAAUCUUAUGAAUCACUCAAGCAGAGAUAUAAUUCUAAGAAGGAAAAACUAAAAAGAGCUGUUGUUGAACUCAAAAAUUCAGAUACUGAAUUGCAGAAUUUGUCAGAGCAAUUAUCAAAUUCUGAACAAGAAAUUGAUAGAGCAAAUAAAAAGAUUCAGAAACUUCAAACUAAGAUGUCUGUUUAUCAAGAAACAGAAGCCCAAUUUAGUCAACUGUCUGAAACUCAUGCUGAUACGGAAGAAAAAUUCCAAUCAACAAUUCAAAAGUUGAGAGAAGCAGAAGAAGAAAUUGAUUUAUUACAAGCUAAAUUAGCUGAAGAAAAGAAGAAGAAAGGUGUGGUUGACAAAUUAUUAAUUGAAUCGCAGCAAAAGACAGAUGUAUUAAACAGUGAUGUUGAAAAAUCUAGAUCGAAGAUGAGAGAAGCUCUGGAAAACUUAGAGAAAACACAAAUUUUGCUCAAGUCUAAAUCAGAUAAAGAAUUGCAAAUAACUGAUGAACUCAAGAGGCUCAGAGAAGAAAUUAGUGCGUUAAAGAAGACAAAUGAUGGUCUCAAGGCAGAAAAUGAGCAUUAUUCAGAUUUGAUCAAUAUUCAGAAUUCAAGAAUAGCUAAUCUUAAGAAAGAUAAAAGAGAAUUAAUUGCUUUAUCCCAGAUGAUUCAUAAAAUCACUAAUGGACAAGGAAUUCCUGAAGCAGGUUUAACAGAAUUGAUAAACGAAAAUAUGUAA